GACCGCGGUUAACUCACUUCCUGUUCGGAGGACUCCGAGUGACGCACGCGAGCGUGGCGCGUGCGCCGGGCGGAGGUGAACAUGGCAGACUUCUCCGAGAGGACGGUGCAGUUCGCCCUCGCGCUGUCGUUCGCCGCCGGCUUCCUGGCGGGGUGGCAGGCGAACCGGACGAGGAGGAAGUACCUGGACUGGAAGAAGAAGCGGCUCCAGGACAAACUGUCCGAGACGCAGAAGAAGCUGGACCUGUCGUGACGGUAGCGUCCGGCCGCCACGGGAACGUCUCAGGCCUUGAUGAGCGCUGACCCUGUGGCUUCUGUCAUGAGGGUCGAUCUACCUGCAUCAAACCAGGAUUUUCUACAUUAUAUGACUCAUCUUCCAAGUCUAAACACACUAAUAUGGACAUUUGCAUUUUGCAUUUUCCUGUUUCUGUAAUUGUGGUGUUUUUAUUCGUUGGAAAAGCUACUGUCCCAUCUCAGCGUGAUCUCGUUUGGUUCCAUCAUUGUUGCAUCUUCUUCUAAAAUUGCACAACUUGUUAAUAAAUCGUUUUUUUACUCUCCAGAA